GCCUUGAAGAGUCCUGGAGCCCCGAGAUCGCCGGAGGACGGCACCGAGGGGGACUGGGGCCUGUGGGCUGUGCUGGGGCCAUGGCCUCGCCUUGGCUCUGGGGCGUGCUGGCCCUCCUGGCCUCUGCAGGACCCGACGGGGAGGCCGCGGGACCCGGGCUGCAGCCGCAGGGGAGGGGCGCCGACCUCCAGCCGCCUCGCAUGACUGCAGAGAGGGGAAAUUUAGUGUUUCUCACUGGUUCUGCCCAAAACAUUGAAUUUAGAACUGGAUCCCUGGGGAGAAUUAAGUUAAACAACGAUGACCUCAGCGACUGUUUACAGCAGAUCAGGAAAAACAAAGAAGAUAUUGCAGAUUUAACGAUGAGUGCAAGCGGCCUGCCUCGGAAUAUCUCUGGGCAGCUCCAUCAGCUCAGUUCCCAGCUCGUGGACCUGGAGCGGCGACUCCAGAGCCUGCUGCAGAGCGUUGACCGAAGCGUGUGCAGCAGCAGCCCGUGCCAGCACGGUGGCACCUGCCUGGGCCUGCUCAACGCCUUCUUUUGCAUCUGCCCGCCUCAGUGGAAGGGCCCCCUCUGCUCCGAUGAUGUGAACGAAUGUGAGGUUUAUUCUGGAACACCGCUGAGCUGCCAGAACGGAGCCACCUGCAUAAACACAGCAGGGAGCUACAGGGCCCCUGGUGGCAGCGGGGAGCUGGAAGGGGCUGGCUUCUCUAAGGAGGGGCAGGGAGAAACCCCCCACCCAUGCCGCGCCCACCGCUGGCUGCACGAUCCGCAGCAGUCGGCCUCAGGCUGGGUCCGCAGGGCGGGCCUCGGCGUGCAUUCCCUUGAGAACACUUUCCCCUGGUUUCUGGUCGUGGGCAUAGUUGUCCGUGGAGCUAACCUCUCAAUUCUUACUUUCCUAGGCUGGCACGGAAAUGGAUACGAUUGCCAAGAUGUCAAUGAAUGUGAGACGAAUAACGGCGGCUGCUCUGUGGCCCCACCUGUUGAGUGUGUGAACACACCUGGCUCUUACCACUGUCAGGCCUGCCCCCCAGGGUACCAGGGUGAUGGGAGAGUAUGCACGCUCAUCGACGUCUGCGCGGUCAACAACGGCGGCUGCCACCCGCUCGCCUCCUGCUCCUCGGGCCCAGGUCCCUGGCCUCUCUGUCGGUGCCACCCUGGAUACACGGGGACUGGCCACGGGCCGUCCGGCUGUGUGCAGCUCAGCGGCGUCUGCGCGAGUCACCCCUGUCUGAACGGACAGUGCACGGAGACAGUGUCUGGGUACCUCUGCCAGUGCGAGCCGGGCUGGGCCGGGACCAACUGCACGGAGGACGUGGACGAGUGUCUGAGCCGCCCCUGCCUGAACGGGGGGACGUGCGUGGACGGCGUGAACGCGUUCAGCUGCGAGUGUGCGGGCGCCUGGACAGGCCGGCUCUGCCAGGACCCCCGGCCGGCCUGUGGAGGGGCGCUCUCGGGGCCGGAAGGAACCUUCAGCUACCUCAGCCCCGAGGCGGGUUACGCUCAUGACAUCGACUGCUUCUGGGUCGUCCGGACCGAGGAGGGACAGGUCCUGCGGAUCACCUUCACUUUUUUCCGAUUGGAAUCCGUGAGCAACUGUCCCCACGAGUUCCUUCAGAUUCAUGACGGCGACUCCUCUGCAGCGGUUCAGCUCGGCAGGUUCUGCGGCUCCAGCGUCCCGGGCCAGGUCCUGAGCAGCGACAGUGCCCUCUUCUUCCACCUGCACUCCGAGCACCUGCGGGGCGGGGCCGGCUUCGGAGCGCGCUGGGAGUCCCAGCAGCCAGAGUGCGGAGGGCGGCUGACCGGUCCCUACGGCUCCAUCACGUCGCCCGGCUACCCCGGGAACUACCCCCCCGGGCGGGACUGCGUCUGGAAGGUGAUAGCCCGGCCCGGCCUCCUGAUAACGUUCACUUUUGGGACCCUGAGCCUGGAGCACCACGAGGACUGCAGCAAGGACUACCUGGAGAUUCGAGACGGCCCGUUGCCCCGGGACCCUGUCCUUGGGAGGUUCUGUACCUCGCUCUCGGCCCCGCCGCUGAGGACGACCGGCCCCUUCGCCAGAAUCCACUUCCACUCCGAUGCCCAGGUCAGCGAUCGCGGCUUCCACAUCACCUACUUAACGUCACCUGCGGACUUGCCCUGCGGAGGAAACUUCUCAGCCCCGGAGGGCGAGCUCCUGUCCCCCGCGUGGCCGGGGCCUGUGGCGCAGGACAGCCAGUGCAUCUACGUGAUAGCGCAGCCGCAGGGCGAGCGCAUCCAGGUCACCUUCACCCGCGUGGAGCUGGGAGGCGGGAGCGGCUGCGCCGGGAGUUUCCUCGAGGUUUGGGACGACGAAGAAUUACUGGGAAAAGUCUGUGACAACACAUCCCUCACUACCAUCACCUCCAUCACUAAUAAAAUCUGGAUCCGGUUUAAAAUAGAUGCUUAUGUUGACAAAGCUAGCUUCAGAGCUGCUUACCAAGUUGCUUGUGGGGGCGAGCUCACCGGGGACGGCGUGCUCCGUUCUCCUUUCUACCCGGCCGCGUACCCUGGGGAGCGGGUGUGUCGGUGGCUCAUCCACCAGCCCCGGGGCCAGGUGGUUCUGCUCAACUUCACCGGCUUUGCCAUCGGAGCUUCUGCCCACUGCGAUGCAGAUUAUAUUGAGAUUGGUACCAGUCCUAUUUUGGGUUCUCCUGAAAAUAGAGUGUACUGUGGUACAAACAUCCCUGCAUUCAUCACAUCUGUGUACAAUUUUCUGCAUGUCACAUUUGUGAAAAGUUCUUCUACUGAAAAUCAUGGUUUCAUGGCUAAAUUCAGUAGUGCGAAUUUGGCAUGUGGAGAAGUUCUCACCCAGCCGACGGGAACCAUUCAGAGCCCCGGCCACCCGAACCCGUACCCCCACGGCGUCACGUGCACCUGGUACAUCCUGGUGCAGCCUGGCCAGCUGGUGCGUCUGGUGUUCACGUCGUUCCGCCUGGAGUUCCAUUACAACUGCACCGCGGACUACCUGGACGUCCGCGACACGGGGUCUGGGGCAUCUCUCGGGAGGUAUUGCGGGAAGUCGGUGCCGCCGUCCCUCACCAGCAGCUCCAACGCACUCACGCUGACCUUCGUGGCCGACUCCGACGUGGCGCAGGAGGGCUUCUCGGUGGACUACGAAGCCCUGGACGCCUCAGCAGUGUGCUCGGAAGACUUUACGGAGGAAUCUGGGACCCUCACCUCUCCCAGCUUCCCCAGCCAGUACCCCAACAACCAGGAGUGCACCUACAGCAUCACCGUGGGGCCCGGGAAGCAGAUCGCCCUGAACUUCACGAGCUUCGCCCUGGAGGAGCCCAUCGGGGAGCUGUGCAUGGAUUUCGUGGAAAUCCGAGACGGGGGCUACGAGACAUCCCCUCUCCUGGGGCAGUUCUGCGGCUCCAGCCUCCCUCCGAGGAUCCUCUCCCACAGUCACAGGCUGUGGCUGAAGUUCAAGAGCGACCCCAUCGACACGAGCUGGGGGUUCUCGGCCUCCUGGGACGGGUCGUCCACAGGUUGUGGGGGCGACCUCAGCACCCCCCGCGGCACCUUCACGUCCCCCAACUACCCGCUGCCCUACUCCCACGGCGCCGAGUGCUCCUGGCGGCUGGCCGGCAGCGCGGGCAGCGCACUCAUGCUGGAGCUCGCCGACUUCCACCUGGAGGCGCAUCCGGCCUGCGCGCGGGACUACCUGGCGGUGUUUGAUGGCCCCAGCACCAGCUCCCCCCUGCUCGCGCGGCUCUGUGGGGAGGAGACGCCCCGGCCCAUCCGCUCCAGCGGGGACAGCCUGACGCUGACGCUGAGGACGGACGAGGGUCAGCAAGGAGGCGGCUUCCUGGCCAACUACUGGCAGACGUGCGAGGACGUGCUGAUCGCCAACCGCACCCACGGCGCCCUGGAGAGCCUCGGCCACCCGCACCCCUACGCCGCCAACCAGCGCUGCAGCUGGGCCAUCCGCGCGCCCGCCGGCAACACCCUCAGCUUCGCCUUCCUCACCUUCGACCUCGAGUACCACCCCAACUGCUCCGCGGACUUCCUGGAGCUCUACGACGGGCAGCAGCGGAUGGGGCGCUUCUGUGGCGUGGAGCUGCCCCCGCCGGGGAGCACGGUGGGCCCCCAGCUUCGUGUGCUGUUCCACACCGACGGGGUCAGCAGCGGUGAGAAAGGCUUCCAGCUGCAGUGGUCUGUCCACGGCUGUGGCGAGGAGCAGUCCGGAGCGGGGGGCUCCUUCAGCAGCCCCGGGUACCCGGGCAGGUACCCGCCCAACCGGGAGUGCAUCUGGUUCCUGCACGCGGCCCCCGGGAGCAGCAUCCGCCUCACGGUGCACGACUUCGACGUGGAGUACCACGCCAGCUGCAGCUUUGACGUCCUGGAGGUCUAUGGAGGGCCCGACUUCCACGCCCCGCGGCUGGCCCAGCUGUGCGCCCAGGGCUCGCCUCCCAUGCCGCUCCAGCUGGCCAGCACCGGCAGCGAGCUCGCCCUCCGGUUCAAGACGGACAGCUCCAUCAACGGCAGGGGCUUCAACGCCUCCUGGCAGGCGGUCCCUGGAGGUUGCGGUGGCGUUUUCCAGGUUCCCAGUGGAGAGAUUCAUUCCCCAAAUUACCCCAGUCCUUACAGUAGCAACACUGACUGCUCCUGGGUGAUUCAGGUUGAAAGAAACCACCGUGUUCUCUUGAACUUCACGGACUUUGACCUUGACCCUCAGGACUCCUGCAUUGUGGCAUACGAUGGCCCAGACUCCACGGCCGCCCGUCUGGCCAGGGCGUGUGGACGGCAGCGGCCUCCCCCCAUCACCUCCUUGGGAAGCAGCCUCUUUGUGCGAUUCCAGGCGGGAGCGUCGAGGCAGAGCAGGGGCUUUCGAGCGCACUUCCAGCAAGCCUGCGGUGGCUCCUUCCUCACCAGCUCCCUGCACACCAUCUCCUCUCCACGGUACCCGGCCAAGUACCCAAACAAUCAGAACUGCACGUGGACGGUCCAGGCUCAGCCUCCGUUCGACCACGUCACCCUGUCCUUCAGCCACUUUGGACUGGAGAGCAGCCCCGUGUGUGCCCGCGACUAUCUGGAGGUUUUGGACGGCAGCUCCGAGGAUGCACCCCUCCGAGGCCGGUACUGUGGCCCUUCCAUGCCGCAGCCCCUCACGUCUUUCAGCCGUGCCCUGACGCUGAGGUUCAUAUCCAAUGCCUGGGUGACUUCGGAAGGUUUCCGUGCCACGUUCGUGGCUUCGUCGUCAGCCUGCGGGGGCACCUUCCACAUGGCCACGGGCAUCUUCAACAGCCCGGGUUACCCUGACGUCUACCCACCCAGCGUGGAGUGCGUCUGGAGCAUCCUCAGCUCCCCUGGAAACCAGCUGCAGCUGUCUUUCAUCUCCUUCCAGCUGGAGGAAUCCCCGGGCUGCACCAGAGACUUCGUGGAGAUCCGGGAGGAGAAUGCCACGGGGGCCCUGCUGGGCCGGCUCUGUGGUGCCAGUGUCCCGCUCAACCAGUCCUCCCUGCAUGGGCACAGCCUCUGGGUCCGCUUCGCCUCGGACGGCACUGGUGGUGGCCAAGGCUUCCAGGCCGCGUUUGCUCAUGUAUUUGGCAACGAUAACAUUGUGGGCACCCACGGGAAAAUCGCCUCUCCCCUGUGGCCUGGGAAUUACCCCCAUAACUCCAACGCCCAGUGGAUAGUAAACGUGAACGCGUCUCAAGUUAUCCAUGGCAGAGUCCUGGAGAUGGACAUCGAAGCUGCACAAGUCUGCUUGUACGACAAAUUAAGGAUAUACGAUGGGCUUGGCGUUCAUUCCCGUCUAAUGGGAACUUACUGUGGUGCUCAGACUCCAGCUUUCAGCUCCAGCAGAAAUUCUUUGACGUUUCAGUUUUCCUCUGACUCCUCAAUCUCAGGGACAGGGUUUCUUCUGGAGUGGUUCGCAGCGGACAUGCCGCUCGGACCUCUGCCGACCGUCGCCACAGGUGCCUGCGGGGGCUUCCUGAGGACGGGCGAGGCCCCGGUGUUUCUCUUCUCCCCGGGCUGGCCGGGCGGCUACGGCAACAGGGCUGACUGCUCGUGGCUCCUGCAGGCGCCCAGCUCCACAGUGGAGCUCAACGUGCUGUCUCUGGACCUGGAGCAGGAGCAGACGUGCAGCUAUGACCAGCUGGUGAUAAGAGACGGAGACAGCAACGUGGCCCAGCCGCUGGCGGUUCUGUGCGGCCGGGAGGUCCCGGGGCCCAUCCGCUCCACAGGGGAGUACAUGCUGAUCCGCUUCACCUCCGACAGCAGCGUGACCGGGGCGGGCUUCAACGCGUCCUUCCACCAGGGCUGCGGAGGGUACCUGCACGCGGACAGGGGCGUCAUCACGUCCCCCGGCUUCCCCGAUGCCUACCCCCCCAACCUCAACUGCUCUUGGCACAUCCUGGUGCAGAGUGGCCUGGCGGUCGCCGUCCACUUCGAGCGGCCGUUCCAGAUCCCCAACGGAGACCCGUCCUGCAGCCGGGGCGACCGUCUGGAGCUGAGAAAUGGACCUGACGCCUCCGCUCCGCCCUUGGGAAACGGCCGUUUCUGCGGCAGCCGCCCGGCGUCCACCCUGUUCACCUCCGACAGCCAGAUGUUCGUGCGCUUUGUCUCGGGCAGCGGCGGCGGAGGGCAGGGCUUCAGGGUCAGAUACGCGGCGCAGAGCCUAGCCUGCGGGGGCAACAUCUACGUGCACGACGCCGCGUCUGCCGGCUACGUGGCCUCCCCAAACCACCCUGACCACUACCCCCAGCACGCGGACUGCACCUGGGUCGUGUCCGCCCCGCCCGGGGAGCGCGUGAGGCUGCAGUUUGAAGACCAGUUCAGCAUCGAGGAGACGCCCAACUGCACGUCCAGUUUCCUCGAGCUGCGGGACGGCGCGGACCCGGAGGCGCCGGCUCUGGCGAGGCUGUGCGGGGCGUCCGUGCCCAGCCCCCAGCUGUCCUCGGGGGAGUCCCUGCACCUGAGGUUCCGCUCGGACGGCAGCCCCCCCCAUGCGGGGUUCAGGGCCAAGUAUUCCAUAGCCGCGUGUGGAGGAGUUGUGACUGGGCAGAGUGGGGUCAUCGAGAGCGUAGGGUACCCGGCUCUACCCUAUGGCGACGGCCUGCUGUGUGAGUGGCGCCUCCAGGGCCCCGCGGGCCACUACCUCACCAUCCACUUCGACGGCUUUGACCUCCAGAAUUCCUCUGGCUGCGAGAACAACUUUGUGGAGAUCCAGGAGACACUCAGCCCUGGACCUGGACGCAUGCUGGGCAGGUUCUGUGGCAGCACCGUCCCUGCCCCCGUGGACACCACCAGCAACGUGGCUGUGGUCAGGUUCGUCACCGACGGCUCCCUGACGGCCUUGGGGUUCCGACUGCGCUUCGAAUCCAGCCUCGAGGAGUGUGGUGGGGAUCUCCAGGGCCCCGUGGGAACAUUCACGUCCCCCAACUACCCAAACCCGAACCCCCACGGCCGGGCCUGCGAGUGGAGGGUCGUGGUGCCGGAGGGGCAGCGGGUGACGCUGACUUUCACCCACCUGCGGCUGCCGGCGCAUCCGUCCUGCGACGUGGAGCACAUGGAGGUGUUCAACGGCCUCAGAAGCAGCUCGCCCCAGCUGGAGAAGCUGUGCAGCAGCGUGAAUGUAAGCGACCGGGUAGAAUCUUCAGGAAAUACCAUGAGGGUCACUUAUUUCACUGAUGGGUCCAGGCCCUACGGCGGCUUCACCGCUUCCUACCGUUCCAGUGAGGAUGCAGUGUGUGGCGGGACCCUCACAAGUUUCCCGGAAGGAAACUUCACUUCUCCUGGCUACGACGGAGUCAGCAAUUACUCAAGAAACCUGAACUGUGAAUGGACCCUCAGCAACCCCAACCGCGAGAAUUCGUCCAUUUACAUUCGUUUUGAGGACUUCCAACUGGAGAGUCACCAAGACUGUCAGCUCGACGUCCUGGAGUUCCGAGGGGGGGAUGCCGACGGGCCGCUGAUGUGGAAACUCUGUGGACACUCGCAGCCUGAGAUGCCACUGGUCAUACCUUACCCUCAGGUCUGGAUCCACUUUGUCACCAAUGGGCGCGUCGAGCAUGUGGGAUUCCAUGCGGAGUUUUCCUUCACAGGCUGUGGCGGGAUUCAGAUGGGUGAGAGUGGCGUGCUGGCGAGCCCCAACUACCCGGCCCCUUACGACAGCUUGACGCACUGCUCGUGGCUGCUGGACGCGCCCCCCGGCCACACCAUCACCCUUGUGUUCACCGACUUCGCCCUCGAAGCCCACACGACCUGUGCUUGGGACUCGGUCACCGUCCAGAAUGGAGGCUCCCCCGGAUCCCCCGAAAUCGGGCGGUACUGUGGGAACGCAAACCCCCAGACCAUCCAGUCCGGCUCCAACCAGCUGGUGGUGACUUUCAACGCAGAUCACUCGGUGCAGCGGGGUGGAUUUCACGCCAGCUGGACCACGCAGACCUCCGGUUGUGGUGGGAUCCUGCACUCGGAUAACGGCACCCUCCAGUCCCCGCGCUGGCCGCAGGAUUUCCCCGAGAACAGCAGGUGCUCCUGGACGGUCAUCACCCAUGAGAGUAGACACUGGGAGAUCAGCUUCGACAGCAACUUCCACAUCCCCAGCGGGGACGGGCAGUGUCUGCGCAGCUUCGUGAAGGUGUGGGCAGGGACCACGGAGGCUGGCGGUGCCCUGUUGGCCUCGGGCUGUGGGGACACAGCUCCGGGCCCCGUGGCCACCCCGGGGAACGCCUUCACCGCCGUGUUCCAGGCGCAGGAGGGCACUGCCCGGGGCUUCUCUGCUUCGUUUGUGAGCCGAUGUGGAAGUAAUUUCACUGGCCCCUUGGGCUACAUCGUGUCUCCAAACUACCCAAAGCGAUAUGAUGACAACUUGAACUGCUCGUAUGCCAUCACGGCCGGCCCACAGGACGUGGUCUUCUUGACUUUCGUGUCUUUCCACUUGGAAGCUCGCUCGGCCAUGACAGGAAGCUGCGCCGGUGACGGUGUGCACAUCGUGAGAGGGCUCAGCCUAUCCUCCAUGCCCUUCGCUACCCUGUGUGGUGACGAGACCCCGGCCCCCAUCACCAUCACAGGCCCUGUGCUACUGAACUUCUUCUCCGACGCGCACACCACAGACUUCGGGUUCAAGCUGUCCUAUAGGGUGACCCCCUGUGGGGGCGAGUUCAACACCACCUCAGGAACCAUCAGGAGUCCUGGCUACGCCUCCGACUACCCCAACGACGUGCUCUGCCUGUACCGCAUCACGGCCAGGAACGGCACCGUGCUGCAGCUCAAGUUCAACGACUUCGGCGUGGUCCCGUCCUCCCUCUGCACCCAGGACUACCUGGCGGUUUACGACGGCGCCGACACCAGCGCCCCCCUUCUCGGCAAGUUCUGUGGCUCCGAGCUCCCGCCGAGCAUCAAGAGCCAUGGGGAGAGUUUGCUCCUGGUCUUCAAGACGGAUUCUUCCCACACGGCACAAGGCUGGAAGAUGUCGUUCCGACAGACGCUGGGGCCCCGGCAGGGAUGCGGCGGGUUUCUGUCAGGUCCACCUUCCAGCUUCGUCUCUCCAGAUUCUGACUCAGACGGAAAUUACGACAAGUACCUAGACUGCAUGUGGGUCAUCGCGGCGCCUGCAAACAAGCUCAUCAAUCUCACCUUCAGUGUGUUUCUCCUGGAGGCCUGGACCUCUUUCCAGAGCUGCCUUUAUGACUACGUGAAGGUGUACGACGGGGAGAGUGAGAACGCCCCCUUGGCUGGGACCUUCUGUGGUUCCAGCACACCCGCCCCAUUUCUCUCCUCUGGGAACUUCCUCACGGUUCAGUUUGUCAGCGACUCGACUGUGGAGCGCGAAGGAUUUAACGCCACGUACACCAUUGUGGACAUGCCGUGUGGAGGGACGUUUAAUGCAACCUGGGACCCCCAGAGCCUGUCGUCACCCAGCUCGUCCAGCCCAGGGGCCGUGCCCCCCAGCUGCACGUGGGUCAUCGAGGCGCCCCCCCAGGAGCAGGUCAAGGUCACCGUGUGGGCCUUGCAGCUGCCCCGGCCGGACUGUGCGGAGAACCACCUGCAGCUCCAGGACACGCCGCAGGGCGAGGGACCCCCAGGGGUCCGGUUCUGCGGCAGCAAUGCUUCAGCGGUGCCAGCAUUUUACUCCUCCACGAGGACGGCCAUCGUCAUCUUCAGAACUGAGGCUUUUGACGGCGACUCUCGAGUGGGCUUCACGUACCAGAUUGCAGGCUGCAGCCGGGAGUACACCCAGGCGUUCGGACGGCUGCAGAGCCCGGGCUGGCCGGGGAGCUACCGCAACGACCUGGACUGCACCGUCGUCCUCUUGGCGCCGCGCGGCCACACCAUCUCCCUCUUCUUCCACUCAUUUGGGCUCGAGGCCUCGAGCGAGUGUGACCACGACUUCCUGGAGGUGCGAGACGGACGCGACAGCAGCGCCCCGUCGCUCGGCAGGUUGUGUGGCGCUCGGCUGCCGGACCCCGUCUUCUCGCUCGGCAGCAGCCUGCGCCUGAGGUUCCGGAGCGACGGGCAGCUCCCCGCCCGCGGCUAUGAUGCCGUCUGGACCUCGUCCCCCGCGGGCUGCGGCGGGACCCUCUGCGGGGCCAGUGGCACCCUGGCCAGCCCUGGCUACCCGGGCACCUACCCCAACGGCACGCACUGCGAGUGGGCACUGCUGGCUCCCGCGGGCAGGCGCAUCACCGUCAGCUUCCCCUUCGUCAGCAUCGACGGCCCCGGGGACUGCGCCCGCAACUACCUGCGGCUGCACGACGGCCCCGACGCGCGCUCCCCCGCCGUGGGACCCUACUGCGGGGCGGACACUAACAUCGCCCCCUUCGCGGCGUCCACGCAUCAGGUCUUCAUAGAGUUUCACGCGGAGUAUGCUACGCGGCCGUCGGCCUUCCGGGUGACCUGGGACAGCUGAGCACAGGCCCUGACCCCGGCCUCGGCCGCGCAGGGCCACCCGCAGCACGCGCUACGCGGUCAAGCUCCAAGCACCCACGGCCCACCGGGCUCUGCCCGAGAGCGGUUCGCGUGUUCAUGCUUUUCCCCAAAACACACACGGAGUCACGGCCACGGAGUCACGGCGAGCGUUUCCUGAUGGUAGAAUGGAGCGUCCUUAGUCUUGGCUCUGUGCGUCCUUCUUACUUCUGACAGUUGAGCUGAAAUAAAAAGGAUUCGUUAAAAACAUGGAAAAUACCAUUGCACAAUGCAGUGUAAGUUUUUAAAGGCUAAUGAUAAAUAGUAUGAUUUUCACUGUGAAUGUCCAAUUGGAGUAAUAAAUUG